AUGCCUGAACCCACAAGUUUGAUAUUCGAUCUCCUCCCAGAGGAGAUCAGACAAAGCUCGGCCAUCGGCGCUGAAGUCCACCUCCCUCCAGGAAUGGCCCUCCUGGAGUUGGAUAAAUUGACCGAGAAAGACAAGGAGACUCUCCGACAAGCACUUUUCGAUAAUCAAGUCAUCGUCAUCCGGAAGCAAAAAGGCAUUGACGCGACUGUCCUACCGAACCUUGCGAAAAUCUUCGACCCAAGUGCGUCCGACAUUCACUCUGCGGGCGAGAAGGCUGUGAGCGACCCAAAGAAUAUUCUCUCAGCGUACAAGGCUGGCCGACACCCCAAAGCCCCACAGGUUGGAAUCAUUGGUUCGGGCAAAUUUCAAGAUUAUGAAGGCUUGAAGGAGAUUGAAGUUGUUCACCUGGAUCACACGCUGUUCCACGAGGCCCCUCUCUCUCAAGACGAUCUCGACAAUGGAUAUACCCGUCCGUACCGAUGGCACAUGGAUACCCCAUUCUACGAGCGUCUACCUGGCGAAGUCACCAUCCUGCACUCUAUCCGCAUUCCUAACAUGCCUGAUCAGAAGAUCAAGUUCCCUGGUGGGAAGGAGAAGCAAAUUGCCGCCGGAGCUACAGCCUGCAAGUCAAAGAUACGAUCCCUUUUUUCUGGCGCUCGUGCUUUCGCUCUUUUGACCCCCGAGGAGCAGGAAUUUGCUUUUAACACCACUGUCACUUACGCGCCUCAGGCGUACGAGUAUAUCAGACAGUGCAAAGCUUCCGAGGAUGGCCUUACUAUACCCUCUAUGGGCCGUGAAGUCUCCACUGAGCAGAUGUCGGAAUGGAGCUGGGAUAAAGUGGCUGAACACCCUAUGGUCUGGAGAAACCCUAUGAACCCAGAUAGACCUUUCCUCCAAGUGCACGGCUGCUGCGUCUAUAAACUCACCACCAGGGACCCAGCCACUGGAGAGGUAACAAUAAUGGACGACGUUGAGCAGGUCCGAAAUGUGGUCUACAGCAUGCAACGCAAGAUCUACGCAGCUGAGAAUAUCUACGCGCAUCGUUGGGAGGAAGGCGACUUGGUCAUCUUCCAUAACCGUGGUGUUAUGCACAGCAUCACUGGUCAGUUAGUCAAGUACAAGGACGAUCAGGAUAAGCGAAGAAUGUUGUGGCAGUGCACAAUGACGAGCACAAGUGCUCCGAAGCCGUUCCGGGAAUAUGGGGGUGUCAAUGAUACUGGCUACGUGAAGACCUAA